AUGACAACAUUUCAAACUAAUGUAGAUUCCAAUAAUAACAUUAAGAAAACGGAAAUUAGAUUCGCAGCUUUUGCCGCGGAACAUAAUUUAUCGUUCAAUGUAAUGGACCAUCUUUCAGAGGUCAUUAGGGUUAGUUUUUUUGGUUCUCAAAUUGCUAAAGGGUAUACCAAUAACCGAACAAAAGCCACUGUCAUCAUAAACAAUAAAUUUUUACUAAUUGUCGAUGAAUCCACAGACAAAAGUGGGACAAAAAGUUUGGCAUUAGUAGCUAGGGUUUGUAAUUUUAAGAAGGCAGAUGAUUUGUUUUUGGGAUUAUUACCUGUAGCAUCGGCCACAGCUGAUGCACUUUACCAAAAGAUUAGGGACUUUUUCGUAGAACACAAUAUAGAUUACAAAAAAAAUUUAAUCGGUCUAUGUGCAAAUUAUGCUUGUCAAAAAUUGCCUGAGUUGGUUGAAGAUCUUGCAAGAGAUGUACACACUUACUUGCAGUAUAGCUUUAAAAGGCAAACUAAACUUCUCGAGUUCCAAGAAUUUGUUAAUGUUAAACCACAUAAAAUUCUUCAACCAUCUCAGACCCGAUGGUUAUCUUUGCAUCAAGUUGUAGUAAGAUUCUUGGAACAAUAUAAUGCUCUGGUACUAUAUUUCACAGAUCAGGCUAGUGAAAACAUAGAGAAAGCCCAAUCGAUUCUAUACAGGUUAAAUGAUCCUUCAGUAAAAUUAUACUACCAUUUUCUAGAUUUUGCCUUACCAUUUUUUACAAAGUUAAAUUUGGAAAUGCAAUCUGAAAGCACCAAAAUUCACACGUUACACGGUAAAAUUGAAAAUGUUUUGAGGUCUCUUUUAGAUUGCUUUAUUAAAAAAGAAUAUUUGGAAAAAACUCCCAUCGAAGACAUUCAAUAUAAAAAUUCUCGAUUUUUUUUACCAAUUGAAGAAAUGUAUUUAGGUGCAUAUGUAGUAGGUUCUGUUACUAAUAAAACCCACAAUUUAAAUGCCGAAGAAUUGCAAAAUUUCCGGACCCGUUGCUUGGAUUUUCUUAUUGAGAGUUGCGCUCAAAUUUAUAAGCGAUUUGAUGCAAAGAGAACCUCAAUGAAAAUUUUAAAAGAUAUAUCAAUUAUAAGUCCUGAGCAGGUAAUUUCCAAGAAGCAUAACACAAUUGCUUCUUUGGGGAUGCAUUUCCCAAAUCUGGUUUCAGCGAACCAACUGAACGAAUUGGAUCGAGAAUGGCGAAAAUUACGCAAUAUCGACAUAAAUGACUUAAAAAAUCUUAAUAUUUCAGAAUUUUGGUCAAAAAUUUCAGAAAUGAAAUGUGGUGAUGAAUCCUUUAUGUUUCUCACACUCUGUGAAUUUAUAUUUAAUGUCAUGUGUUUGCCACAUUCAAGCCCAACCUAA